GAUUUUGCGCCAUCUCGGCCGAAUUCUGCACCUUUUGCAUAUUUAAAUACUGUUUAAUGGAAGGACAUAAAGCUAGAGCUGGAUGUGGCUCCCCAUAGCUUUGUGAUUUGUAUUUGAUUUCAACUUUCAUUUUUCAGUGUAGCCCGCAAGGAAUUGCCAGCUGGUAGUGAUUGCAUGGAGUAACAGGUACAGGAAAGGAGCCUAGCAUGAGGCUCCGGCCAGGAAAACUCAGACACAGCCUCCCUACCUUUCCCUCAUUUCUUAGUUUCAGUGAUGAGGAUCACACCCAGGACUCACGAGUGCUGGGAAGACAGUCAUAGAACAACACCAGCCACUGUUUUUUAAAAAUUAUUUUUUUAACUCUUGACAAUUUCGUGUAUAUACAUGUGUCUUGAUUAUGCCACCCCAGCGCCCUCCUUCCAGUACUCCUGAAUCCCUCCGCACUUUCCCUCCCACUUUCAUUUCCUUUAAAUUUUUUUUUAUAACUCAUUAGGUUCAGUUAGUGCUGCCCCCAAAGGAAAGUGACUCCCACUCCCCCAACAGCCAUCAGUUGUGAACAGCUCUUCAGCUGGGAUAAUGCCUCAUGAGCUCCUCUCGUCCAUGGGGACUAUUGACUGGCUUGACCCUACCCAGGUAACUAGUGCAGUGAGCUCAUUAGAGCAGUCACCAUGUCAUGUCUGGAAGACAGUAUCCCUCCCAUCCCCUGGCUCUUACAUCCUUUCUGCUUUGUUUUCCAUGAUGUACCAUGAGCCUUGGGGGAGUUGAUAUAAGUGGAUUAUUUGGGACUGAGCAUGCACUCUCAACCCUUUAGUCAGUUAUGAGAUUGCUGCCCACUGCAGAACCAAGUUUCUCUGGCCAGGGUUGAGAGCAGCACUAAUCUAUGGAUAUAAACAUUUAUAAAUACUUAAAAAGCAAUUUGACAACAAUAGCAGGUACUCCCCUAGGUCCUGGGACCUCUCCAGCCAUGGGCUUUUGACCAGGUUUAUAGUACCAGACAUGAAUUCCAUUCCUGUGGAGCAGACCUCAAAUCCAAUCCCAAAGCUGUUGGUUACCCUGUAACAGCCAUGCCAUUACUACACCAGUAGGCACAUCUUACUUGGCAGGGUAGUAGUGUAGCAUGUAGUCUGAUAACUUUUCUCUCCCAGCAGACUAUAUAAUACUAUCUAGCACCAUAAAACUAGCUGGCAGGAGUGAAGUUUCCAGAUCAAUUUCAAUCUGAUUUCUUUGUGUUCCUCAACAUGGUCUUACCUUUUAGCUAUGGUGGGCAACCAAGAAUAAUAAUAACUUGUGUUAUUUGGGGUGGUACCCUUAGGUCCUUUCUGACUAGUAACUCAUAGGGAGGUGUCUCACACUUGACACUACGAUUUUCAUUUAAAAACGCUCCCUUUUGGGGGAACAUUGUCCAUUCAUUAAAGAUACCUCUGUUCAAACUCCUUUUGGAAAUAUUUUAAAGUUACUUUACAAAGCAUAAGGCCUCUUCAUACAUCCUUAGUUGUGUUUGACUCACCCGCAUACCGCAACCCUCAUUCCUGCUUAAACAGGAAUUCCUCUUAACAUUACCACACACUCUUCCUUGUCACGUUUGUUUUGUGCACUCGCCCCAUUACGUACGGCCCCUGUCACCUGUGUGCUAUGUCUAAAUUCCUGAUCUCAAAUAAAACACACAUCUAAAGAUUUGAAGCUAGGAUCCACACAUGAGAGAAAGGAGAGACAUUUGUCUUUCUGGGCCUGAGUCACCUCUGUAUUAUAUCCUUCAGUUCCAUCCACUUUCCAGAAAAUAGCAGAAUUCCGUCUUCCUAACAUCUACACAAACCGCCAUGGUGUGUCAUCCUAACAUCUACACAAACCGCCAUUGUGUGUCAUCCUAACAUCUACACAAACCGCCAUGGUGUGUCAUCCUAACAUCUACACAAACUGCCAUUGUGUCAUCCUAACAUCUACACAAACCGCCAUUGUGUGUCAUCCUAACAUCUACACAAACCGCCAUUGUGUGUCAUCCUAACAUCUACAUAAACCGCCAUGGUGUAUCAUCCUAGCAUCUACACAAACCGCCAUGGUGUAUCAUCCUAACAUCUACACAAACUGCCAUGGUGUGUCAUCCUAACAUCUACACAAACCGCCAUUGUGUAUGUCUAGGCUGUCAAUUGAGCAGCAGGUAUCCCUGUGGUAGGCUGCAGCAUCCUUUGGUAUAUGCCCAGAAGUGACACAGUUGGGUCAUAUGACUAGCUUUUGGAAAUACCUCCACAUAGAUUUCCAUAGUGGCUGUACCAGUUUUCACUCCUACCAACAGUGUGAGGGUCAACAUUCCCCUCCCCUCAUGUUCUCAGCAUUUAUAGUACUGAUGAUGGCCAUUCUGACUAAAGCAAGAUAGAAUCUCAAUUUUAAUUCACAUUUCCUUGGUGUCUGGCCACCCUUUUAACAUAGAUGUUGUAAAAAUCAUUGUAUUUUAAAAAUUGAAUGUAAUGUUUUAAUUGAUCAUCUCCAGAAACCUAGUAGAGAGCAAACUUUUAACUCAGCUGUGUGUCUCCUUUCAGACUUCAUUCUUGGGUUUUGUUUAGUCCCGCUAUUCUUAGGGUUGGUAACUUUCCCAUACUUACUGUACUGUGGAAUCUUUCCAUGUUAAGAACAAAAGAAGAGGAGGGAGGGAUGUGUCAGAAUAAACAAAGGCAUUUUUAUCAAAGCAAUUACAAACAUGUUGACAUUCAUGUGUCUUUCUAACCCCUGUACAGCUAAUACUGCUAAAACAAACAAACACAAAACUCUAAAAUGUCCUGAGGAUUUGCUAAAGAUGAACAUGAGAAAGGCUAAGAAACGCCUCCCUUUCCAGCACAGGACUUAAAUAAACAUCGCUGGCUAGAUAAAACUAAACAAACUUCACUUCAGCAUCUAAGCCUUGCUUGGCAGACAGCAGCUUUGUGUCUGUCACCUCCUCCAAGCAACGUUUCCAGACCCCCCGAGAUCCGGCAGCAACCGCUUCCCACAGCCAGCAAAAGAAACUCACUCAGAACCUGAGUCCAGAAAACCGAGGGAAGAUGGUGUAAGAACUCUCCUGCCAGCCGGGUGUUGGUGGCACACGCCUUUAAUCCCAGCACUCGGGAGGCAGAGACAGGCGGAUCUCUGUGAGUUCGAGGCCAGCCUGGUGUACAGAGCGAGUUCCAGGACAGUCUCCAAAACAAUAGAGAGAAACCCUGUCUCGAAAAACCAAAACAAAACAAAAAAAAACCAAAAACCUCUUCUGCGAGGAACACCGAGGUUGGCCACUGGAGCGCAGCACUGAGCAGGGACAUGGGAUCUGUGGGGUGUGGUUGUCUGCCUGUGUUGUCAUCCCUAUGGAGAUGGGGCUGUCCCUGUCCCACCUUCGUCCUCAGGCUGUGAUCUCUCCUUUUCACAGCACAGUAUCAAGAAGAGACUGCUGCCACCCUGCUCAGACCUUUGACCACUCCCAGAGUUCUUCGAAGCAGAAGGAAGUACUUUGCUGAGAUGUCAUUUGGGAAUUUUCCUCAGAAAAGCCUGGAAGUGGAGAGUUUCCAUACGAGGUUCAGCACCUGGACUCCAUUUAACAACCAGCCCUUAAACAGACAGCUCUUUCAAGAAAGAGUUACUCUCAUAAGUCACUGGUUUGACCUCUGGACCAAUAAGCAACGGCAGGAAUUCUUAUUCACAAUUCUUUCACAAUGCUCUAAGUCACAACUAAGGUUCAUCCAAGGCUGGUUUUCAGAAAGGAAGCAGGUGGCCAACGUGGAUUUCUCGACAGUGCUACCUCGCUCCAUUUCUCUUUAUAUCUUUUCCUUCCUGAAUCCAAAAGACCUGUGUGCAGCUGCUCAAGUCAGCUGGCCCUGGAAGUUUCUAACAGAACAGGACUGCUUAUGGAUGCCCAAAUGCACCAAGUUUGGGUGGUUUCUGCCCUAUACUCCAACACAGAAUGAAUAUGGCGCCUGGAAGCAGCACUACAUUGCCUGUGUGUCCAGCUUGGAUUGGCUAACGCCCAGGGAAGCUGCUGCUGUUUAUGGGACACUGAAUGAACCCAAAACAGAGGAUGAGGAGUUCAAGGAGAGGCAAAGAGAAAAGUGCCUGAGGAAAGCAAUUUGGGAGAAAAUAGCAUCCCGUAAGAAGGAGUUAUUCAAAGCUCGACCCCCUUGGCAGAGUGGAACGCGCUGCACCAGGAUUUUAAAAUCCACAAGCCUGCCCAGUGGUCCUCAAAUGUGGAGAGAUGGAGCAGGAUUCUAUGAAGCUUUGGAGAGACAGCUGGUUCUGGCAUCUUUAGAUGCUUUGCCCAAGCGAAGCAAUCUCUCUGGAAGUCACUCCUACCCUUUACUGUUAAAGAAAAAUCAUCGUGGGGUUGGCAGGACUGAUGACAGCUCUCCCUGUGCUUUGCAACCGCAUGUCAUCCUGAUCUCAUCGCAGACUCCUGCAUAUGAGAUGGUGGUGGAGAGCGUUAAGGUGGGUGUCUCGGCCAUUCUGUAUGAACACAGUGGUGUGUCCUUGGAGGGCCUGCUUCAUCUCAUAGACCGAGCUCUGCAAGGGCAGAAGGCACGAAGACUGGGGAUAUUUAGCAGUGGAAACAGCAGAGAAAUUGACUUACUCCGAGGCUAUAAGAUUUCUAUUAAAAAUUUACUGUGGCCUGAAGUGAGAGACUUCUGGGAGAAACUGGGAAGCUGUGUGGCCACCGAAGAAGAAGGGGGACGUGUAGACUUCUUUGUGCCUCUUGGAGCAUCAGAAGCAGGCAUAGAAGUUCUUUCUCAGCUGUCUCAACUAACUGGCACAUCCUUUUCUGCCCCCACCGGAAUUGCGACUGGGUCAUACCAACACAUUCUUAGUGACUGGCUGGGGCCACAUCAGGAAAGGCUGCCUCCUUCUGACUACUUCAGUGAGUCCAAGUUGCAGGUGUGGACCAGCUUCACAGACUCCCUGGAAGACACCUUGAAAUCGGUGAGGAAGGAGUUACAUCCACUCUUCAAGAACUUGCAGAAGAGCAUCAGUGGCCGGAUCAUAGGGCAAUUUAUGUCUGACACUCUGAGUGUGGCCAGCUUUCUAAAUAACCAAGAUACUGCACAGGCUCUGGCGGAUGGACUGAUGGAGCUGUCAAGAGAAGGGUCUGACAAACCUCUGGAAUUUUUGUCAGAUUUCCUGCUGAGGAAAUCCAGUCAAAAGAGUGAAGAAUUUGAAGGAAAUGAUAUCCUGAUAGAAUGUGGUGUAAAAGUAACAUCGGAUCCACUCAUGAAGGAAAGAAGUGCCAUAGAAGGCAAUUCUCAGGACAGAAAGUCUGGUCCAGGCCAAAGCGUCCUGAGCAUGGAAGUGCUUAAGCUGGAGAGAAAGCUCCAGAUGGACUCAGUAGAGAAACGAACCCGAGUUGUGAGGGAGCUUUUAAAGAGUGAGAGACAGUAUGUACAGAUGCUGGGAAUCGUGAGGGAUGUGUAUGCCAGGCCCCUGCGGGCAGCGCUCUCCUCAAACAGAGCCAUUCUGAGCGCCUCCAAUAUGCACAUCAUUUUCUCUGAUACUCUUCGAAUCUUAAAUCUCAACAGAGAAUUUCUAGAUAACCUAAGAAACAGACUGCAGGAAUGGAGCCCAGCUCAGUGUGUUGGAGAAAUAUUCAUAAAAUUUGGGAGGCAGCUGAACACAUACACCAAUUUCUUCAACAACUAUCCAGUUGUUCUGAAAACCAUCGAGAAGUGCAGAGAAAUGACACCAGCAUUCAGAGCUUUCUUGAAGAGGCAUGAUAAGACCAUUGUCACCAAAAUGCUGAGCCUGCCAGAGCUGCUUCUGUACCCAUCCCAGAGGUUUGAAGAAUAUAUUCACCUUCUCUAUGCUCUGAGACUCCACACUCCCACAGGACACAUAGACCGUGGAGACCUGACUACUGCAAUUGAUCAAAUCAAAAAAUAUAAAGACUACAUAGAUCAGAUAAAGGAAAACAUCAAAAUGAGAGAGCAGCUAUCCGAUGUACAGACAACCAUCUCAGGAUGCCCUACUCUAUCAGAAGUAAACAGAUACCUGAUUAGGAUCCAAGAUGUAGUUCAACUUCAUUGCUGUGAUGAGACAAUGGACUUCUCUUUAAGGCUCUACGAACAGACCCGAGACCUCAGCCUCUUCCUCUUCAGUGAUGUACUGCUUGUUACCAGUCGGGGCACAUCUCACCCUCCGUUUGAAAGGACUUCUAAAACAACCUACCAGUUCAUUGCAUCUGUGGCCCUUCCCAGCAUGCUCAUAGAAGACAUUCCAGACUCCAAAUAUGUCAAGAAUGCAUUCAUUCUUCAAGGCCCAAAACGUGAAUGGAUCUGUGCUACUGAGGUGGCAGAUGAUAAGCUCCUUUGGUUGUCUGUACUGCAAACUGCAGUUAGAAGCAGUAUGAAGUGAGACAAGAUUCAGACAGACACGAGGGUCCUGGGAAGUCCUAGCAUUUUCUGCUCCAGCUCAUCUGGACAGCACAUAGCACCAGUCAUGGAGGGUGAGGGGAUGGAAGAGCUAGGAGCGCCUCUGAGUUCCUUCCAACUUUCAAAAUGUAUGGUUAAGCUUUUAAGAAUGCAGAAGAACAAGUCUAAAAUUUUGAACCACA